AUGUCGUGGUUCUUCGGCUCUUCCAAAGGUGCUGCCGAACAGACUCCCGCUCCCGCAGCCGCCCAGUCAACAUCCACCGAGAAACCCAAGCCCUGCUGCGUCUGCAAGACCGAAAAGGCAGCCCGGGAUGACUGCAUGUUGUUCUCGAAAAGCGAUGACCCGGCUCAAGAGUGCAAGCCCCUGAUUGAGCAGUACAAGGCCUGCAUGGCUGGAUACGGGUUCAAGGUUUAG